GGGGCUGUCACAUCUCACCCAUUUCAUACUUCCUCCGAUCUUCCUUGCGGCUUAUUAUGUUGUGUGGUUCACACAUACGCGUCUAAUUCGUAGUCUCUUUGCAAUUAUUUCUUAGGAAUUUCCCAAAGAAAGCUUCGAUUUAUAUAAGACGACCUUUUCAGAGGAUUUUAAUGGCGUUAUCUUCAACAUCAUCCAAUCAGAAGAGUUUUAAGUAUGAUGUGUUUCUGAGCUUUAGAGGAGUGGACACACGUAGGACCUUUGUUGAUCGUCUUUACGGUUCUCUUAAGCAGCUAAGUAUUCCCACCUUCAGGGAUAACGAGGAAUUUGAGAAAGGAAAACAGAUAGACGAGUUAUUCAAAGCAAUUGAAGAGUCAAAGCUCUUUAUCAUUGUCUUCUCCAAAAACUAUGCUUCUUCGUCUUGGUGCUUGAAGGAACUUGAAAAGAUUAUGGAGUGCCAGAGAAAGAUCGAACAUAUUGCUUACCCAAUCUAUUAUGACGUGGAUCUGUCGGAAAUCCGUAAACAAAUUGGGGAAGUUGGAGGAGCCUUCUCGAAGCAUAGCAACGAAGAGGUUGGAAAAUGGGAAGAGGCGGUGGAAGAAGCGGGGCAUCUUGUUGGGUGGGAUAUGAGAAACAGGGAAGAAGCUGAAGUCAUCAAUGAAAUUGUUGAACAAAUUUUACUCAAGUUACGCCCUAUUUAUUUGAGCAAUGAUGAAAAUCUAAUAGGCAUGGAACCCCGGAUGCUAGACCUGGAGUCAUCUUUAGGGCUUGGUUGGAACAAUGAUGUUCGCAUGAUAGGGAUCGUGGGGAUGGGGGGCAUUGGGAAGACAACUUUGGCCCGAGCUAUUUUUGAUAAAGUAUCUUUUCAUUUUGAAGGUAAAAGCUUUGUAGAGAACAUCAGGGAAGUUUCAAGAGUGUCGGACGAUGUUGAUAAUGCUGACCAGCUUGAGGCGUUAGCCGGUGCAACUAAUUGGUUUAAGGGCGGAAGUAGAAUCAUCAUCACAACAAGAGACAAGCAAGUGCUGACAGCACACAGAGUGAAUAUGAUUCAUAAUGUCAGUUUCUUGUCGGAUGAGGAAGCAAUUUGCCUCUUUAGUAGGCAUGCAUUUGGGCGAUCUAUUCCAAUUCAAGGGUAUGAAGGGCUGUCAAAGAAAGUUGUUAAUUAUGCUGCUGGUCUUCCUCUAACGAUCAAAGUAUUGGGUUCGUUUCUGCGUGGUAAAGAAGAGUUUCUAUGGAUGGAUGCACUAACAAGACUAGAAACGAUUCCGAGUCAAGAAACUCUAAAAAAAUUGGAACUAAGCUAUAUCAGCCUAGAGGAUGAUCACAAGGAAAUAUUUCUAGAUGUUGCAUGUUUCAUGAAGGGGUUGCAGAAAGAGGAUGCAAUUAGAAUACUUGAAAGCUGUGGAUUACAUGCUAUAUAUGGUUUAACAGUACUUGAGCAAAAAUCUCUCAUAAGUAUCUCAAAUCAGCGUUUGAGCAUGCAUGACAGGAUAGAAGAAUUGGGCAGGAAUAUCGUUCGGCGAUCGCACCCCCGUGAGCCCAACAAACACAGCCGGCUCUGGAUUCGCGAGGAAAUUGAAGAUAUGCUGUCCCGUAAUGCGGGUACUGAUGCGACAACGUGUAUACGACUGGAGCAGGUGGAACUGAGUCCUGAAAUCGUUAUGAAAGGGCUUGGAAAUCUGCAGAAACUUAGAGUUCUUUUGCUCUCUGAGAUAGAUGAUGACUAUUUUGGUACCCAUCGGAAGUUUGAUCAAGUUAAACAAUACUUUCCAAAUGCGUUACAGUUUCUGAGUUGGGAGGGUUACCCUGUUUUGUCUUUACCACAAGCAUUUAAAGCAAAUAACCUUGUUGGACUUGAACUGCCUAGCAGCAGAAUCACAAAACUUUGGGAAAGCGGGGAAAGAAAGGUUCUUAAGAAGCUCAGGUUCCUGGACCUUAGUUUCUCAAAGUUGAGGACCCUCAACCUUGAUAUGACUCCGAAUCUUGAGAGGUUAAACCUUAAUCGAUGUUAUGAUUUGAGAGAACUUCAAGCGCCUGCUGGAUCUCUAGAAAAGCUUGUAUACUUGAACUUAAUUGGUUGCUCAAGGUUCAGAUCUUUUUCGUUUAUCAAACAAUUGGAACCGCUUGAGCUUCAGCUUCUUUCUUUACCUAAGCUAGACGUGAUUGUGGAGUCCUUGGGAAAAUUCCCAAGGUACUCCCGUGAUAAUCUGCCAAAGCUACAGUUUACCUGUUUUUAUCUUGAAAAACAUCCCCCAUCGACCGAAAAUGGUCAAAAGAGUGUCUCUCUAAAUCUUCAGCCUUGCACAAAACUUGAGAGUGUUUCAGGAAGCAUUUGUGGUUUAAAACACCUAAGAGAACUUACAUUCCAUGGCUGUAUUCCAGAGGUGCCCAAUGACCUCGACCAGUUACAAUGUUUGGAGAAGCUAAGCUUGUUGUCUACUCAUAUUACACGGCUUCCAGAUAGCAUAUGCAUGUUGAAGCAUCUGAGAUCUUUCAAACUUGAAUCUUGUCGGCUUCUUGAAGAGUUACCCAAGGAUCUUGGCCAAUUAGAAUGUUUGGAGAAGCUAAGUUUGUUGUCCACAGGUAUUAGACGUCUUCCAGAUAGCAUCUAUAUGUUGAGACGUUUGAGAUCUCUCAAAGUUAGAUCUUGUUUGCUUCUUGAGGAGGUACCCGACGAUAUUGGCCAAAUAGCAUGUUUAGAGAAGCUAAAUUUGUUGUCUGCACGUAUUAGAUGUCUUCCGGAUAGCAUUUGCAUGUUGAAGCAUUUGAAAUCUCUAGAACUUGAAUCUUGUGUGCUUCUUGAGAAGUUACCUGAGGAUCUUGGCAAGUUGGAAUGUUUAGAGAAGCUGAUCCUAACAAAGUGUAUCUCUCUAGAGCAUAUUCCAAACAGCAUCUGUAAGAUGAAACGUUUGAGAUAUUUAGAUCUCCCCUUUUGCAAUCAGGUGGAGAAAUUGCCAGAGGAACUUGGAAGUUUAGAGUGUUUAGAAGAGUUAAAUAUAAAGUGUACAGGAAUAACUCGUCUUCCACACAGCAUUUCUUCCUUGAAAGGCCUGCGUAUUGUUGGAUCCAUAUCACUUCUUGAAUUCAAUCCUGUGUUUUUCUGA